CAUCUGAAUCAUGGAGCAGUGGAAAAUAGAUUGUGUUGCAGUGGUGGUGCUGGCCACGGUUCUCGUUCUCACCAUUGGACAGUCUGCUGCAUCACCACCGGUCAUCACACUUGGUCUGACAGACGAGAGUGGUAUAGAUGAAGGCGCUGCAACGUUCUACUGCAAGGCGACGGGUGACCCAGCCCCAACUUUUGAAUGGUACGGGAACAAGAAGAGGGUGCGCGGUCUGCGUUAUCAGAUCGUCGAGACGGAGGGAGGGUCAGUGCUGAGGAUAACGCCCCUUCGGCUUGAUCGAGACAACGACCUGGCGGUGGUGUGUGAAGCAAGCAAUGACGAUGGGACAGCCACAACACAGGCCAGGCUUACUGUCACUCAAGCUGACAGUCUUCCAGCGGGCUAUCCCGAGACGUCCAACCCGAGACGCUACAUGGUGGUGGAGAACAACCAACCGGCGACCAUCUACUGUGGAGCCACCGGCAACCCUGAGCCUGAGAUCCUGUGGUUCAAGGAAUUUGUACCCAUCGAAACUAAUGACAGGAUCUCCAUAACGGAUUCGGGCCUUCAGUUUUCCAGAGUUCUGCUGUCUGACCAGGGUCGCUAUGAGUGUGCCGCGAAGAACUCUCUGGGAACACGCUACUCUGCGGAGGCUCAAGUCUAUGUCAAAGAUCGUCGAGUGGAGCCUCGCUUUACCAUCCUGCCUGUGAACCAGGAGGUGGUACCAGGAGGCAGCGUCAACCUGACCUGUGCUGCCUACGGCUCCCCGAUGCCUAGGGUACGGUGGAUGAAAGCAGAUAUGGACCUGGACGACAUGGACGGUCUCCCAAUCGGGCGCAACGUCCUGCAGCUGAGGGACAUCUACGAGUCAGGCAACUACACCUGUGUAGCAACCAGCUUGCUGGGGACCAUAGAAACCUUAGCUAGAGUCACUGUGAGAACACGCCCCAGCGUACCAAACUCACCCGUGGUGACAGGCUACACCUCCUCCUCCCUGACCGUGGAGUGGAGCACCCUGCCCAGUGACACGGUCACCUCCCAUGUCCUGGAGUACAAGCCCAGCCGAUCAGGCGGCUCCUUCACCGAAGUGGAGAUACCUUCCGAGCAAGGCACUUUCUUCACCAUAGAAGGCCUUCUGCCGUAUACAGAGUACGCCGUACGCCUCCUCGCAGUCAACACCAUCGGGAGGAGCAACCCGAGCGCUGAAGCCACUGCCAUGACAGGAGAAGAUGUUGUUGGACCGGCGCUCUAUUUUGUUGACUGUAGCGGAACCAACCCAUGUCUGAACGGAGGUACAUGUGAAAGCGAAUCAUGUACAUGUGCUCCAGGAUUUAGUGGAGAUUUGUGUGAUUCAGUAGUUUGUCCAGUGGUUACAGCUACUGCUCCGGAUGACCUCGAACAGAAGAUUUGUGAUUCUGACAACAUUUUCAUCGUCAAGAUGAGGCCAGAUGGACGAGCCAAGAUUCUGGAUGAUUUGACACAUUUAGACAACCCGUAUGCAGUUGAUCGUCCCAUCAUCGGAUUUAUCACGAAUGAUGUCUGUAACCUUGAACUGGCAGAGAAACGCUACAUGCUGUUCAUGGCUGGAGAAGCUGUGCCUGGCAAAAAAUUCACACUUGACCUCCCCGUUCUUGUAAUGUCCAUGACUGGUCACCUCAAGGUUCAGGUCAAAGAGAUCCGUCUCCUCUGCCCCGUUGCCUAAAGAGGUCCUAAUAGAUAACCUUGAGGGAUUACAGUACAUCUAGCUCACUCCACACCUAUCUAUGGCUGUAUUUUUAUUGUUUCAUUCACCAGUUGCUGUUUUACAUCUGGAGUUAAUGAAAAAGAACAUUAAGUAGCUCUAAGAUGUAACAUUUCUAUGGAGAAUUUGUGCUGCAAUACUAUCUAAAAACUACCAAAUAUUGAGUUAUUACGUAUGAAUAAAAUAACAUGAACUUCACAUAAUUUGACACAUGUCAAACUUUGCAUGUAAUUGUGGUAUGUUAAUCAUAAGUGAGGUUUUUUAUUGUAAGAGAAGACUUGGUUCUUAAUUCAACACUUGCAGGGCAUUGUUAGAAAUACAAGUGCCUUUCAGCUUUUCACUUGUACAGUAUAUUUUUAUAGGCACACAGUCUAAUGCAUUUUAAAAGGAAAUUCACCAAAUUUAUGAGCAAUUUAAUUAAUAAGAGUCUGUUUCACUACUUGUAAUUAUGUCUUUAAAUAUAUGGUAUCCAACUCACUUUUACCAAAAGCUAUGAUUAAUAUACAUACAUGUAUUUUACUCUCCUUUUUGUGAAGUCUCUGGCCCACUUUUUCUGCUCUCACCCCUUUACCUCUCCCUCUCUCUCUCUCUCCCCCUCUCUCCCCUCUCUUUCUCUCCCCUCUCUCUCCCUCUCCCCCUCUCUCUCUCCCCCUCUCUCUCUCACUGUAUCUUAUUGACGAUUGUAGAUAAUGUACAAUUAUGUGGGAGUGUGAUAGUCAUCAAAUUUUGCAAUAAAUGCCUGCAGGCUUUAUUUUGAAA